AGAAUACACUGAACUUGUAUGUCAUUUGGAAUCCAGAGACUAGAAAUUAAAACAAUCCUAAUUUUUUCAGAAUAAAAAGCAAUUAUGCAACGACGACAGAGAGGAUUAAAUAUGGGAUUAAUUAUGCUACUCUCUCAAAUCUUUCAAAUUGGGCUUACUAACAUUCCACCUGUAACACUUGGGACCGUAGUAUUGAACAUUUUUCUCUUUUUGAAUCCUUUGAAGCCAUUGAUAAAAGCAUGUAUCAGUGUAGAAGAGGGUUAUUACCAAAAAGACUGGCAGCGUUUGUUGCUUGCGCCAAUACACCAUGCAGAUGAUUGGCAUUUAUAUUUUAACAUGGUCUCCAUGCUCUGGAAGGGGAUAAUGUUGGAACGAAAGCUUGGAAGCAUAUGGUUUGCAUAUAUCAUUUCAACAUUUUCAGUAUUAAUUGGAGUUGUGUAUAUGGUGUUGGAAUUUGCACUUGGAGAAUUUAUGAAUGACCCAUCGUACAACUUGAACUGUGCUGUAGGUUUUUCAGGAGUACUAUUUGCUUUGAAAGUUCUGAACAACCAUUAUAAUCCAGGAAGGGUCAGCAACGUCAUGGGCAUUCCUGUAUCCAGUAAAUAUGCUUGUUGGCUGGAGCUUGUGGCAAUUCACUUGUGUUCCCCAGGGACUUCUUUUGCUGGGCAUCUGGCAGGUAUUCUAGUUGGAUUGAUGUACACCAUGGGGCCUCUGAAGAUGAUCAUGAAAACAUGUGCAGGUGGCUUUUCUUCCUUUAAUGAUUCUGUAAGACAGAGCAACUCCUACUCAGGGUAUUCAGAUCAUCCAGGUUAUUCAUACAAUACACAGAGAGACUAUGGCGUGUACACUGGCGGGCUUACUGAAGAGGAACAGUUUGAAAGGGCAAUGAGAAACAGUCUUAAUGACAGAGAUUUCAGUGCAGGCAGAUAUCAUCACGAGAGACAACCCUAUGGUUUUUGGUUUCCAUCUGAACAGUUGUCGGAAGAGGAAAUGAGAAGACAAAGGCUUAAUAGAUUUGAGAGGAGGUGAAAUCAUCAGAUGUCCAAUGGAAAUGUGUAAAGUGCUCUUCAUAGUUGCCAAAAUAUUUGCAGAACUUUAUACUGUUUUUAAUUUGCUUCGGAAAUUAUUUACCACCAGCAAAAUGUGCAAAAGACUUGCCAAACUUGGGCUGAAAAUCUGGGCUUAAAUUAAGGGGGUCCAAAGUUUUGAGCUGAGAGUCAAAAUGCAGUCCUUGGCAGCUCACCAUUUACUGUAUGUGAAUGCUGAUCAACUAAGUCCAGCUCUCAAGGAAAAUAAGGAAAAUAUACCUCUGAUGUUUGUUUUCAAUUCUUAAUUUUAAAACCAGGCACAUCUUCCCUCCAAAAGUUUUCCCCUCUGUUUGCCCAUGAUGAGCCAUCUUUUUAAAUGUUUUGUGUAAAAUGUUUGGGUUUUUUUAAAAUACUGCUUGCAUAACACCAGCUGAGCAAUGAGCACAUUUGAGCCUGGCUGAUACCUUUUCAACAUGAUUUUGAAAGCAUGUGCAAGUUGGGUACAGGUGUAGCAAUCCUGGUAAGUAACCAACACAACAUAUUUUAUUGCGAAAUUUGGUUAUCACGUCAUCAAAUUGUCAAUUUUGUCUAGAGAACAUUUGCAGUAAAACCGAUUUGUAACUUUGUACAGUACCUUGUGAUUGCCUGUAACCAGCAUGGUAAUCUUGAGCCUCAACUCUGAAUGUCCUUCCUUUUUCAGGGUUAUUUUACUUUAAUAGCAUUUUUGUUUUUGUUUUUUUUUCAAGGGAAGUGACAUGAGCUAAAAUUGUGAGGCUAGUUCCUUAGUUAUUUACUUAAUUAGUUCCCUUGUUCAAAAACUCUGUGUAUGCAUUAGGCUACGCAAACUCUACCAUGUAAAUGUUCAGACGACUGUAAUUGUACUGUUUUCUUCCGAUAGGCUGUAAUUGGCUCAGUUACAGUUUCUGUGUUGGGAGAGGGAAGAUGUUGGCUGGAGAUAAGCUGCUUGCUUGGUGCUGUCAGAAACACUGGAUAGCAGGGCUUGAUGUACCCAAUUAUCAGUACUAAUGCAGCUCUGUAUCAGGACAACACCAUGACUCUGCUUAGCCUACACGCCCCCGCCCCCCAGUAACAGAUAGUCAAAUAAUGGCUGUACCACUUGGAGGCUGCUAAGAAAAAAAGACAGCUGUGCUCUGUCUCCAUUGUAGUGUACCUGUGCAGGGCAUUGUGGAGCUGCAGGUUUGUAGAAAACUUAGAAUGUUAUUGGUCACACGCAGCUAACAUAGCAGUGCUAAUUAACAGGAGUGGAGAUGGGGAUGGGCAGUAUGUCAGUAUGUGUUACCAUCCUGAAAGAUCAUAUUUUAAAAAAGAAAGUCUGAGCAAUGGAAAACCUGGACAGGGGGAAAUUCCUUUCAGUCUUGAAAGGCAUCUCCUCUUGAAAAAAAAAUUUUGAUUGCUGGCAUAUGAUGUGGAACUGCUGGAAAUGUAUAAGCACUGAUUUAGUUUGAGUGUUGGGGUAGGCAAUUCUUUUGUAGCUUAUUUUCAGGACCCCGCACUAUGAAAUCUUGAAACCUGUACCUUCCUUUGGAGUUUCAGACUGAUUUGUAUUCUUACAGUAUAUAUUAUAUAAAAUGUCUGAUAAAACUGACAAAACAAGAAACUGUUCAUUCAAACAAUAUCUGAAACUGCUGGAUGCGUGUUAGAUGUAUAUGUGUACCUUCUAAUUUUUAUCAACAGACAUACAAGAGGGAAUCAGUUGGCUAAAAUUCACAUGUUGUCCCCCACCCUUUUCCUAGUAUCUUUGAUUAAGGUUCAAGCCAAGGAAAAGCACAAAAUGAGCAUACCAUAUAUUUGGCUUUCCAGGUGCUGGGAGCCAACAAUCUGAACUAUGCUGCAGCUCUGAACAUCUUUGUAAAGUCUGUGUCAAGGUGUGUAUAUAUAGCAGAUACUAUUCAUUCCUAUUCAGCACAGUCCUUUCUGGCCGAUUCUGAGUACAGGAAACAUGGUAUUGUAAUGUCCAUUUCUGUCCUUCUGCAGGAUGAAAUAGUUGAUAAAAAGAUUUUUUGUUAAUCAUCCCUGCUGUUUACAUAGUGUAUAUAUAUACUAGUCACAAAUUAAAGUAGCAUGUAUUCUUUUAUCUUCAAGUAGGGUGCUUUUUCUAAUUUUAUACAUUCACUUACGAAAUCAUGUAACAAACCAAAGAAAAUUUUCCAGUCUCAGUACUUCUGUUAGUGCAUGGUUUUGUGACAUGAGCAAAAGGCAGCAUUAUCUCCUAUCAAAACUGAUCUAAAAGCUCACACACAGUUUUGUUUUAGUUGGUUUUGUUCACGAAGCUCCAUUAUUUAAGUGAUUCCAGCAACGGUGUAAACCAAACUGGAUGCAAUAUUGUUUAUGAACAGUGGCUUCAUGGCACUAUUAGUCAACUGCAAAAAGUGCUGAAACAAACCCAAACCAGUAUCCCAUUUUUAAUGCAUUGCUUCUUUGUAAAGUUAUAUUAGAAAUCUUGGUAUGGGGGGAGUUUAUUACUGUGCUCCUCUUGACACAGAACUGUGCACCAUCACAUUAUCAUGGGUUAGGGUUCUCUUUAUUGCUUUUUCUUUACUGCCAUUUUGUAAUGAGCUUUGUCAUGAAACAUUCACAAAUAACCUUGUUCGGUAUAUGGCCACUGCACCUUUUUCUUAGUGCAAAGUUGAAAUAAACAUCUUUUACAUUUUGA